AUGAAAAUCGACGCCUCUGCAAGAGCAGCACUACGCAAACGAAAGCAGCAGCUUAAAACUUUGGCAGUCUCCCCAGCCCACGAGCAGGUGGGUGAGGCACGCACUGCAACUCGUGAUAAGCUGCAGAAGCUGAUUACAGACUCUGCCAAACCCUCGCCAGACUUGAAGGAAUUAGUAUCUUCAAUUGCAUCUGAAAUCGAAGAGCAGUUAUUUGAAGAUAGUGAGGAGAAAGUUGAUGCAAAAUAUAGAGCGGGGUUCCGCCGAUUAUUCACUUGUCUACGAGACAGCCGGGCUGGGUUCGCCAACAUGUUAAUAGCCAAAGAUAUCUCUGGGAGAGUGUUCGCCAAAAAGCCAGCAGAUGAGCUUAAACGCAGGGAUCAACUAGAAAAGGAAUCACAGAUCAAAAAGGAAAACAUCGAUAGGGCUAUUGGGCAAACAAUGCUCCCAGAGACCAUCCAACAGAUCAAAGACGGAAGAGAUCGUGAGAAGUGGGGCGUUAGUCGGUCUGCGGCGGCAAUUGAUGAUUAG